AUGGCUGCAUUAACUACCACGCAAGCAGCAGCAUACAGUGCGAUAAUCGACGAAAUACUCGCGACAUCCGACUUGAACACCAUCUCCGCCAAGCGCAUUCGCAAGGGACUCCAAGAGAAGGUGGAAUAUGAUCUCUCCGAGCAGAAGGAAGCCAUCACCACACUUAUUAUGGAAAGGUUUGACAAGGCGACUGAAGCGAAGGCGCAGAAGGACAAGGCAAGCUCAGCAGCUGCACCGCCAAAGCCCGCUCCCACAGCGAAUGGCAACGGUCAUGUAAAGGAGGAAGCCAUGGAAGAGCUCGCGAACGCGAUAUCGCCUCCACCUUCGAACAAACGAAAAGCACCCGAGCCGGCAGACGACGAGGAUGAAGGAAUGAGUGAGCUGGAGGACUCUUCGCCCGCACCGAAGAAGGUCAAGAAGAGCAAGGCACCGAAAGAUGACGAGGACAACGAUGCGAAGCUCGCGGCGAAACUACAAGCUGAGCUCAAUGCGCAAUCACGAUCAACAAGAGGCGGAGGUGCGAAGCGCAAAGCGCCGGUCAAGAAAGAGAAGAAGGCCAAGAAGAAGAGCAAGGCGAAGAUUGGAUCCGACGACGACAGUGCUGUGGAAGGAGAAGAGAAGCCUGAGAAGGAGAAGAAGGGGGGAUUUCACAAACCCAUGAACCUCUCAGAACCCCUAUCGGCAAUGCUCGGCGAAACACAACUCUCGCGACCGCAGACAGUCAAGAAGAUAUGGGAAUACGUCAAGGCGCGAGACUUACAAAACCCCAAGGACAAACGGCAAAUCAUGUGUGACGACGCGAUGCGGGCGGUGUUCAAGGGCGAUUCAGUGCAUAUGUUCACGAUGAACAAGCUGCUAGCGAGUCAUCUAUACCCGGUCGACGAGGUGGUGUAG